GGGUACCCGGGGGGGGUACCCGGGGGUGAUGGCGAUCUAUGUACCCGCCAACGCGCUGGAGGUGCCCGCGGCCUCGGAACACGGUUGGAGCGAUGAUGAGGAGGAGCGGGAGGAGCGCUACUUCCUGCGGGACCCCGACCAGACCAGCGAUCCGCUGCCGCAGCCCUACAGGAUGUUGGACAAAAUGGUCACCGCCGUCACUGACCGCGCCUGGGACCUGAUCCUCCGGCACCAGGAGCAGCGCGAGGCCGACAGACUCAACGCCCUGAUUCCCCAUUACCUGUCCUCUGAGGAGGUGCAGUUCCCCAGCACCAUAAACUGCCUGACCGACUCGGAGGAUGAGAGGUACAUGUUCGCGGGGCUGGCGGACGGCCUGGGGGCGCUGAGCACGGAGAGCAGCGAGGUCAUCGCUGUCUGGGUGGAGCAAGGAGUGGAGAUCGUUUCACUGCAGGCAAUACAGAGUGGCAGUAUCUACCUACUGGCCACCAACGAUAACAUGGGUGUUGCUCGGCUGUUCAUAUUUUAUAUCAAUAAUUUCUUUUUGGUGAAAGCAAUGAACGCAACUGAUGAUCCGAUCAAAAGGAACAUUUGCAUUAAGUUUCAGUUGUCGACCGGUGGCGAAUUCGCUGGCAUCAGUCUUGAAGAUAAAGAGGAUUGUUAUCUGGAAAUCUAUCGGCUAAUGAAAGAUGCCUGGUUAAUUGACCUGGACCAGAACUCAUCAGCUACCCAGAAACACUUGACAUUGAAAGAGCCUCUUGUGCACCAAAGCGAAGCAUCAGGUCUGGAUGACAUCAAGUUGACGCCACCGACUUUAAUAAUGAGAGUGAAACGCAAAAAAUUUACAGAAUACUCUUGGAAAAAUCUGACCGAUGCCCAUCAGAAGAUUGGAACCGUCACAGUGGUGGGCACCGGCCUGGGCCACGUGAUCAGCCCUCAGCAGUGGAAAGAAGAAGCAAAGAAAUUUGAAGGAAUAUAUGAAAAUGCUCUCUCCAAAGACACCACAGCAGACAACGAAGAAUUGCCCAGUCGCCCGACAUUCCACUUCCUGAUGCUGGGACACAUUCUGCCCAUGUGGCUGGAUACUAAAUCCUAUGCUGGCACCUUGGGCUUGUGGUGGAGCGGAAGCCACAACAUUUUUGCAUACGCGCUGGUGAAGCCAACAGGAAAAGAGAAGCCAGAGAUGGAGCCCAAGCCUGACAUUGUCUUACCCAACUCACGGCCCAUCUGCUGCUGUGCUGUGAACACUUCUGCCUCGCUGUACAUAGCUGGUCUGAUGGAUGGAAUAGUGACCAUCUGGAAUGCGUUUCUAGGAAUCCCGCUGUCGGUCUUGCCAAUCCAGAUGGGAAGCACAAUCUCCAGCCUGGACUUCCUGGGGGACUCCCGCAACCAUCCUUUCAAUUCGUAUGAUAGAAUUCCGAAAGUCCAGAUCUUAGUGACCUGCAGUAACAGUGAGAUCUACCUGGUGACAGCAGCCGGUUACACAGCAGCCAGCAUCUGCACACUGAGAGAGAGAAGUGAAGAUCCAGAGUCCGCCAUCACUGCGGUGCAGGUGGUGCCGUCCAUGCCUACCUUGAUUUUUCUGACCUUCCGAAAUGGGAGCACUGCCUUGGUGGAUGGGGCACAGGGAACCUUGUGCCAUUUUGUCCUCCCCACCACCCAUACUAUAGGGACGCCGUGGGAACCCACAUUUGCCUUUGACGCAUUGGGUCGUUUGUUAUACAUCAAAGCAGCUAAAAAGAACACCCAGGAGAGAGCCAUUUCAGUGUUUGUCUUCUCGCUGAUGUCCAUCCCACGCCUACAGAUCUACAUCAAGAGACAUAAGCGACCGCCGCUGCUCCCCAAAUUAAUAACCUGGGACAAGCGAGGCGAGCUCUUCUUGCAGGAAAGAAUUAGUUCAUUGAAGAAGAGAAACCAGAGAUUGACCGAGUUCUGGAACCACUUGAAGCACGAGACGACCUAACUUAGCCGGCAUGAGGAGCGAGAGCAGGCAUCUGGCACAGAACACAGACAGCAGCAGCGUGAGGGGAGCAGCAUCUUUUAUUCAUUCCCUGGAGCCCAGACAAUCCUCUUUCCCCCCCCACCACCCAGGGGCAACGUGGCCUGGCAGUACAGCCACAGGCAGCGAGGGGCAGAGAAGUGAGCUCUUUACUGAUAUCUUUAACUGCUUAGAACACGCCAUCAAA